GAGCAGCAGUGAUGCUGCCUCUGUUUGCUCCGCACAUCAGCAGCGGAGCUCCUCUCUCUCUCAGGCCAGCAGGCAGAGGCAGCGCGUCCGCCCGGAGAGAGAGACCACACCGCAUAGCGUUUGCUCCCGGCUGAACCGUUAUCACAUUCACGGUCUUUUCUAAUGGAUGUCUCCUCUUACUCUGCCUUUUGACACUGGACGGUGCUCUUGUAGCGGCGUUCAACGUGAGAAACACAUCACUCCCGGCUUGUUUUUUUGAGGUUUUUUCUCGACGACACGGAGAGGACCACACUCCCCCCAUCGUUAGCUCGCUAAGCUAGCUAGCCUGCUAACUUAGCCGUGAUACUUUGUACCGUAUCGGCGUCAGGUUUCUGCCUCGUAGCUAGACUGCGGUCUCUUGCGCUACAGCGGUGGAUUGAGGUGCCCUGUCACUAUAGGAGCAUGUUUGAGUGACGAGCGAAGGAGGAAGUGGGAUCUCUGACGCUCCGCCCCCUCUGCUGGUGGAGCACCCUGCACAUCUGACCAGAGACCCCGUUAGUCACUUGGACAGGAUGCGGAGGUUUGCCUACUGCAAGGUGAUUUUGGCCACCUCUUUGGUGUGGGUGAUGCUGGACAUGUUCAUACUGCUCUACUUCAGCGAGUGCAACAAGUGUGAUGACAAAAAAGAGAGAGGACUGCCCGGGAGACAAGAUCCCCUGACCAGGCCGCGGGACGGGCCGGGUGAAGGGGGGAAGCCUGUGGUGAUUCCUAAGGACAACCAGGAGAAGAUGAAGGAGAUGUUUAAGAUCAACCAGUUCAACCUCAUGGCCUCUGAGAUGAUUGCUCUCAAUCGGUCACUGCCUGACGUCCGCCUGGAAGGGUGCAAGAACAAGUUAUACCCCGAUAAUCUUCCUCGUACCAGCGUGGUGAUUGUAUUUCACAAUGAGGCGUGGAGCACACUGCUGCGAACCGUCCACUCCGUCAUCGACCGCUCUCCACACACGCUGCUGGAGGAGAUUGUCCUGGUGGACGAUGCCAGCGAGAGAGAUUUCCUUAAGCGGCCGUUGGAGCAGUACGUCAGAAGGCUGGAGGUCCCGGUCAGAGUGGUGAGGAUGGAGCAGCGGUCUGGACUUAUUCGUGCUCGCCUCAAGGGAGCGUCCAUCUCCACUGGCCAGGUCAUAACCUUUCUGGAUGCUCAUUGUGAAUGCACAAUAGGGUGGCUCGAGCCUCUGCUCGCCCGCAUCAAGCAAGACAAGAGUACGGUGGUGUGCCCCAUCAUCGACGUGAUCAGUGACGAUACGUUCGAGUACAUGGCAGGAUCCGACAUGACGUACGGAGGCUUCAACUGGAAGCUCAACUUCCGCUGGUACCCUGUACCCCAGAGAGAGAUGGACCGCCGCAAAGGAGACCGCACGCUGCCUGUCAGGACUCCCACCAUGGCAGGCGGCUUGUUCUCCAUAGACAGGGACUAUUUCCAGGAGAUCGGCACGUAUGACGCAGGCAUGGACAUCUGGGGUGGAGAGAACCUGGAAAUCUCUUUCAGAAUUUGGCAGUGCGGUGGGACUCUAGAGAUCGUCACAUGCUCCCACGUGGGCCACGUGUUCAGAAAGGCAACACCCUACACGUUUCCUGGAGGAACGGGACAGAUCAUCAACAAAAACAACCGGCGCCUCGCAGAAGUCUGGAUGGAUGAAUUUAAAAACUUCUUCUACAUCAUCUCUCCUGGUGUGACCAAAGUGGACUACGGUGACAUCACGUCUCGCACGGCUCUGAGACAAAAGCUUCAAUGUAAACCCUUCAGUUGGUACUUGGAGAACGUCUACCCUGACUCUCAGAUCCCCAGACACUAUUACUCCCUGGGAGAGAUCCGCAACGUGGAGACCAACCAGUGCCUGGACAACAUGGCCCGCAAGGAGAACGAGAAAGUCGGCAUUUUCAACUGUCACGGGAUGGGAGGCAACCAGGUUUUCUCUUACACGGCCAAUAAGGAGAUCAGGACAGACGACUUGUGUCUAGACGUGUCCAAGCUAAACGGACCCGUCAUGAUGCUCAAGUGCCAUCACCUCAAAGGCAACCAGCUCUGGGAGUACGACACUGUGAAGCUGACCCUGAUCCAUGUCAACAGUAACCAGUGUCUGGACAAGGCCAGCGAGGAGGACAGCCAGGUGCCCAGCGUCAAAGACUGCUCACACACACGCUCCCAACAGUGGCUACUCCGCAACGUCACACUACCAGAAGUCUUCUGACCACACUCCGCACACUCACAAACACACACACUCACACACACAGCGGCCCAGAGUAAGCAAUCAGGGGAACAGACGUGUUUAUUAAAAUUGGGCACAAAGAAAGGAAAGACUUCCCACGAGGGUAUUCGGGAAGAGAGGAGGACAUAUUGGACGGUACUACCUCUGCCAGAGAUCAGAGGGAGGAGCGAGUUUGACCCUCCACAGAGCGAGAAAAGAGGAAAGACUCCCUCUAAGAGACGAUGGCUGUUGUUUUACAUUUGUUUGUUGUUUUUUUAAAGAGAUUUUAUCCGCAGAGUGUGACUCGCUCGCUGGGCGCGAAUAUGAGACUGGCCUGUAGAGUCAAGGUUUGCACUCGCAGCUUCCCUGGACAAAGCAGUCCACCCCUCAACUCAUCACGUUUACCGACUGCCUCUUAUGAGAGAGUGUGUGCACUUACGUGUGUGUGUGUGUGAAUGGGUGUGUGUUCUCUGAGAAGAAUGUAUGCUUUGGGAAGGGGGCUGAAUUCCUUGUUUUCUUUUCUUUCUUUUUUAAUUUAAUUUUGUAACCGAUUUGAAAAAUGAACUCUUAUGAAGAAGAGUGCAUGUGUAUGUGUGAGACAGUCUUGCAGCAGUGAAUGUCUCCCUCUGGUGUUACUCCCAGGCAUCUCAUCCCACAGACUGAAGCCUCCUCGCUGGGGAAUUUCGACGGGAACGCACAUGCAUUAAAAAAAAAACUAAAGGACCGAACACGAGGACCCCGACGUCUGCCAUCCGCAGAGAUCUAGAGAUAGAAAUAUGAUGUUUGUGAUAUCUUGAGAUUUCUAUGUCAAGUUUUUACAGUCCUGUGAGAGCGCCACAGAGCAGUAACCCUAGUCUGUCUGCCAGUGUUUGUUGUCGUUAAAGAUGUUUAACAUAGAGCUUACACACUCGCACAGAGGACUCUGCAUAUGUAACUGAUAUUCACUGCCUACUGUACUGUAGUGUUAAACUAUAAGGAACUCCCAUAAGACACUACAUAGUCACACACACAUCCUGUAUACCUAUAGGAGAAAGGCUGCACUAGCCGGAUACUUUAAUCCAUUAUGUCAUAUCUUCUUCUCAAUGACCUCUUAAAAAAUACACUCCAAGGGCUUCUUUCCUCCAGUGGAGUGUGUGUGUGCGCUGUGUGUGUGCCCCCAGUCCAUCAGCUCCCUGUUUACUAGGACAAACCGCUCUCAGAUUCCUCGCUGUUGGACAAACAGAGCCCGUAGCGUAGACUGACGUCAGAUCAACGUAUCCCUACGUCUGUUGUACAAAAGAGCAAAAGCUGCUUUUAUUUUCUAAACGGAGCCGAGUCUCUGCACUCUGCUGGGGACAUAUCUACAGUAGGACAGGAAGCCUGGAAAGUGGUUGUUAGAAUAUCAAAGCGACGUCGCUAAUGUGUGCUAGGAGACUUAAUCAGGGACAGAUUAAUACAUGUAGAGAGUUGAAGGGAGUGUGGAGUUGAACUGUGGAUUACAGAGAGCACAGCAGCAGCACACAUAUCUUAAUUCAUAACUACAUAUCUCACUGUGCAAGCUCACCUGCAGUAUUUUACUAUUCAUAUCUCAGUGAGCCAGACAGCUGAACAGUUAUAUCAGUGUGUCUUUUUCAUUUCAACAAUCAUGCUUUCUUUAUUCUUUUUUCUUUUCUUUUUUUUGUAUCACUCCUGUGAGUCAGAGCAGGAGUUGUUUUCAUAAAGGUUUCAACUAUUUGGGCUUCCUCCAGUGGAGGAGGGGUUUACACAGGACAGUGGCUCAUCUUUGUUGUGGACACGAUAGUGAGAGGAGGCCGUCAACUGAUGACAUGUCUGAGCGAGUGACUGUGCGGGGAAGAUGUGAACGUUUUUUUGAUUGUGCGACAGAGGGUGUGUAACGAUUGUUCAGAUGUGUUGGGAGGGUUUGAAGGUAACUGACAAGUUCAGGCUUCCACACUGAGCUGAUCCAAAUGUAGAAAAUAAAGGUGAAAAAGGUUUACAGAA